AUGUGGAAGUCUACCUUCUGCGCUGCCAUCCUCGGAGCAGGCCUGUCCCAUGCAAGCCCAAGUGCAACACAUCCGAAGCGCGCCUUGGCAAGCUCAUGUGCUCAGUACGGUUCCACGACUUCAGGCGCAUACACCCUCUACAACGACCUGUGGGGUGAGUCAAGUGGCACGGGGAGUCAAUGCUACACUCUGGACAGCGCUAGCCCUCUCGCCUGGACUUCUACAUGGUCCUGGUCUGGAGGCCCAAACAGCGUGAAGUCCUAUGGGAACGUCGUGUACUCGGGCUACACUCCUGCAAAGCUCUCGACUCUUCCGUCCAUCCCUACUCAGUGGAGCUGGGCUUAUACCGGCAGCUCCAUCGUAGCAGACGUAUCGUACGAUCUCUUCACCUCGUCUACAGCGACCGGGAGCAACGAAUAUGAGAUCAUGGUAUGGCUCGCCGCACUUGGUGGCGCUGGACCAAUCGCAUCUUCGUACGGCGCAGACGGCAGACCAGUGCCCGUCUCCCAGAUGACUGCAGACGGUGUGACCUUCAAUCUCUACGCAGGAAGCAACGGCGUCCAGAAGCAGACCUACUCUUUCGUCGCAACGGCACCAGCUCAGAGCUGGAGCGGCGAUCUGAACGUAUUCCUGACCUACUUGGUCAAGAACCAAAACUUUGAUGCAUCUCAAUACCUGGUCAGCAUUGGUGCCGGUACGGAGGCGUAA